AUGCCACCAAAUGAGGAGGUAGUGUCUACUUCGCCUUUAAAUAUAUAUGUGAUACGACCUACAGGGAUGGCCCCCACAGGGGCAAUACCUAAAAACUUGGACGAAAUGUCCAAGAAAUCCGAAGAUGAGGACUUAAAGAAAACAAACAAAAGACUUCUCAAGCAAGUAGAAAACCUCACAACCCAGGUGGCUAAUUUAACAGCCCAAGUAGCUACUCUCCUAGCUCUCCUAGGAGACAACAAAAAGCGAAUAAUUAACAACGAAAAACCAGCCGAGGAAGUCAUCACCGAGGCAAUGGCUACCGAAUUACCAAACAGCGAAGACGAGUAUCACGAAAAACCCGUAAAAGGGGCCGAAAAUCCACAAGUGGCGCUGGGAAUAUCUAAUCGUCCGAGGAAGACGACACCAAUGGAUGAAAGUGCUACAGUCGAAAAUACGGGACGCUUGGGUGCGAGUAAGGGGUUGAAUCGGCCGGUAAACGGUCGAGCCUCCGAGGCAUGUAAGCUACCGAUAUUUAAGACUGUAACGCCAACGGCGACGAAAUCAAAGGACGAUGAAUUCCCACCGCUACCACCUAGGACUCCGCAAAUACCGAUUAUGACGAAAACCGAUAAGACAAAAGUACCGCCUACACAUGCACCAGGAGGUACUGAACCUGCGAAAGCGACAGCCGACGUGGUUAUUACAGGGCGUGAUGAAACCCUUAACGCCAUGGCCGAGCCGAAACAGACUAAAGUACCACCGGUGGUAGUGGAAAGCGGUGCCAAAAACUGGCCAGAAAUAAGACGUGGCCUAGUAGAAAGGGGUAUCCCUUUCACUAAAGCCGCUACACGCAACGAAGAAUUGAAAAUCUGGCCAGCAACCUCAGAUGCGUACAGGGCCACGACAAAGUACCUGGACGAAAAGAAAGCCAAAUACCACACAUACAGGCUAGAAGAUGAAAAAUGCCACAAAGCGGUCAUCCGAGGACUCCCUAAGGAAAGCGAGUCGCAAAUGGGUUUGCCCGACUUAGAAUUGAAGCAGGAUGUACUAACACAUUGGAAUUCCACGUAUAUCAUGCUGUUAAGAAUAAUUUCCAUUAAAAAAGCGGUUGUGGGACUUUUGGCCGUAGAUGAAUCCCAACUGAGUACUUUGUCACCUUCCAACUGUGAAAUUCCAGAAAAAUCAGUAGAUGUACUAGAACUGUUUUUGUGA